CGAUGUGUUGGGACCCAAGGGACACGCAGCAAGGGCGAGAGCAAGGGGAGGGAAUCCGCAAGGGACAUGGUUGUCUCGGGACGCUCCAACCUCCAGGGUGGACCUCUAGGACCGGCACCACUGCUGCGCAUGCGUCGGAUUUCCAGCGACACCCCUGAGUUCCGGGGUGCAGGUGGGCAUGAUUGACAGGGGUGUCGCAGUGCCUGCAGGUACCUUAGGUACCUGAAGAGGGUGUUCGAGGUCACCAGGCGCAGGAGUUAGAGUUCCUGGGUCCCCAGAAUCCUGCAGAAGGCAGCCGCCAUGUCCACAUUCAGGCAGGAGGAUGUGGAGGACCAUUAUGAGAUGGGGGAGGAGCUUGGCAGUGGCCAGUUCGCCAUCGUGCGCAAGUGCCAGCAGAAGGGCACGGGCAUGGAGUACGCGGCCAAGUUCAUCAAGAAGCGGCGCCUGCCAUCCAGCCGGCGCGGUGUGAGCCGGGAGGAGAUCGAACGCGAGGUGAGCAUUCUGCGUGAGAUCCGCCACCCCAACAUCAUCACGCUGCACGACGUGUUCGAGAACAAGACAGAUGUGGUGCUGAUCCUGGAGCUGGUGUCUGGUGGCGAGCUGUUCGACUUCCUGGCGGAGAAGGAAUCGCUGACCGAGGAUGAGGCCACGCAGUUCCUCAAGCAGAUCCUGGACGGUGUGCACUACCUGCACUCCAAGCGCAUCGCGCACUUUGACCUGAAGCCCGAGAACAUCAUGCUGCUGGACAAGCAUGCGGCCAGCCCACGCAUCAAGCUUAUCGACUUCGGGAUCGCACACAGAAUCGAGGCCGGCAGCGAGUUCAAGAACAUCUUUGGCACACCGGAGUUUGUUGCUCCCGAGAUCGUCAACUAUGAGCCGCUUGGCUUGGAGGCUGACAUGUGGAGCAUCGGCGUCAUCACCUACAUCCUCCUGAGUGGGGCAUCCCCAUUCCUGGGGGAGACCAAGCAGGAGACGCUGACGAACAUCUCUGCAGUGAACUACGACUUUGAUGAGGAGUACUUCAGCAGCACCAGCGAGCUGGCCAAGGACUUCAUCCGCAAGCUGCUGGUCAAAGACCCCAAGAGGAGGAUGACCAUCGCACAGAGCCUGGAGCAUUCCUGGAUCAAGGUGCGCAGGCGCGAGGACGGCGCCCGGAAGCCGGAGCGACGGCGGCUGCGCGCGGCGCGCCUGCGCGAGUACAGCCUCAAGUCGCACUCGAGCAUGCCGCGCAACACGAGCUACGCCAGCUUCGAGCGUUUCUCGCGUGUCCUGGAGGACGUGGCGGCGGCGGAGCAGGGGCUGCGCGAGCUGCAGCGGGGCCGACGACAGUGCCGGGAGCGCGUGUGCGCGCUGCGCGCGGCAGCCGAGCAGCGGGAGGCGCGCUGCCGCGACGGGAGCGUGGGGCUGGGCCGCGACCUGCGACGCCUGCGCACGGAGCUGGGGCGCACCGAGGCUCUGCGCACGCGCGCGCAGGAGGAGGCGCGGGCGGCGCUUUUGGGCGCCGGCGGCCUGAAGCGUCGCUUGUGUCGCCUGGAGAACCGCUACGACGCGCUAGCCGCGCAGGUGGCCGCCGAGGUUCAGUUCGUGCGCGACCUGGUGCGCGCGCUGGAGCAGGAGCGGCUGCAGGCCGAGUGCGGCGUGCGCUAGGCUGCGGCUCCCCCACCCCCAGAAUAAAGCUGCUUUCCGCGCAC